AUGGUUGGUGGAAGGAAAACACUAUUUCUUCUUUGGAUCUUGUUCCUUGUGGUUCACACAAUUGAAGUUGAUGUUAUUAACACGAAAUUUGUCCCAAUUGACGCUGCAUUUUUUACUGAUAUUGGAUCUACAAAAGAGACGUCCAUUUACAUGCAGGAUUUUGCCUCAGUCGGAAAUAUUGAUGAUGUGUCCCUCAACAUAAAUGUAGGAAAUUUGAGGGUUAAGGCAUCAAUCAACCCGGAUGCAAAUAACUUUUAUACUCACCCUUUGACUACUGUACAUUUGUUUCAAAAGGAGUUGGGUGAAGAUGACCCCACUCUUCAUUUCCUCUGUCAUUCCUUAAUGGCGCCUGAUCUUUUAAAAAGUUUAAACAAUCAGCAUAUGAGCACUUGUUGCAUCAUAAAAGUUAUUGCUAGCAACCGACACUUCUUUACUGGAUGUCUGAUUGAUAAUUUGUCCUUCACUAAUCGAUCAGCAUGCCAUGCCUCCAUUACCAUCGAAAGUAGGGCUUGGAACGAUUCGAUGAAUAAUGAACUGGAUGUAAGCUACAGGAUAAAUACUGUUCAGUACAUGAAGUCCUCAACCGUGAAUUUGCUAAUGGAUUCUGCAGCGCUAUCAAGACAAUGCUGGACGCCUCUAGCCACCCAGAUGUCCAACUUUAAGUUUCUAUCCAAAAUCUCGCUUAAAAAACCCCAACAAGACGAAAUUCGGGAAAUUGGUCGGAAUAUUCGGUUAGACAUUCCAUCACGUCGGUUAAAAAACGGUGAAUAUUUUAAUGUUCCCGUGAGAGUCAAGCAACACGCCAGUAUUGCCGAGUUCACCCUAAGGUGUGAGAUUCCUUCAAAAACCUACAUUGAAUUUGUUCGCGUGGUCUGGCCGUGGGAGGUGGAUGAGUCCUCUUCCAACAUCCGGGACACAAGUGACCGUCUGCUGCAUCUGAACAAUGGAUUUAGUGCUUGGGAUAUAUCUCAGCGUCACAUUCCUAGUUCGAAGGGCAACGUCACGGAGGUUGUGGCUCGCUAUCGUGAGACUGCAAUUGAUCCUAGCCUCAACGAUCACUUCAGGUUCGGAUUUUCUGCGGAAAGUUGCUUUAAACAUUUUUAUUUAUGCUAG